CAAAGGAGAUACUCCGAAUCUUCUUCUUCUUCUGCUGCGUAUUUCUUGUUCUACUCGUUCACAAUCUCUUACUCCCAUCUGGGUUUUUCUUACAGGAAUUGGAUUCAGAGGAAGCAAGGAUUGAGCGAGUGAGAAUGAUAGCUUUGAAUUCGCAUUUUGUGCUGAUUGAUUUGCACAGUUCAUGGCAUUCGGCUAACCAAAUCCCUAUUUCGAUUCCUACGUACCUGCAAAAUUCUCAUUCCGUUUCGAAAUUCUCGUCGUCGUUUUGUCGAACACGUCGUGCGCGUAAGGGGAUUGCUUCGUCCAAAUCUUCAGCUCCGUCGUUUCCUUCCCCUGAAAUUCGUCGGCCGACGUCAGAUCGGUUGUUUUUGGGGAAUGGAUUGUUGACGAAUCAAUCCAAUUCGAGUUCCAUUUUGGAUUCGGACUUUGCUUCGACCUCGUCUCAGUCAGAGGCUACUGCGGAGUUGGAGGUGUUCGUGGAACUGUUGCCUUCGAGGAUGAGGAAGCAGCUGAGCUCGCACGAUGAAUUCCGGGAAUUGAUAGAGGUUGUCUUGGAUUUGGGAAGGAAUCCUAUUGCCAGGUUUCCGUCAGGGGAUUGGGCUAUUUCGGAAGAGCUUGUGAAGCAUGAAGAUCUUAGCCACGCAAUAUCUAAGGUAGGAGACUUCUCAGACGACAACCGAUCGGGCAUGGACAGAUCUUUGCAUCGGAUAAGUGCAAUUCGAAACCGUAAAAUGCAGAUUAUUGGCCUCACUUGCAGGGUAGGGCGUUCUGUCUCUGGAAGUGCUGAGAUCAUUCGUGAUUUAGUAGAGGGUGGAGGUUCCAUCUUGGUCAUUGGACCACCAGGAGUUGGCAAAACCACAUUAAUCAGAGAAAUCGCUCGGAUGCUAGCAGACGACCACAAGAAACGUGUUGUUAUUGUGGAUACUUCCAAUGAAAUUGGAGGUGAUGGAGAUGUUCCUCAUGCAGGAAUAGGCAGUGCAAGGAGGAUGCAAGUCCCUAAUGUUCAUAUGCAGCACACGGUUAUGAUUGAAGCAGUGGAGAACCACAUGCCUGAAACCAUAAUCAUUGAUGAAAUUGGAACAGAACUUGAAGCACUAGCUGCCAGCACAAUUGCUCAAAGAGGGGUUCAGCUAGUAGGGACAGCUCACGGAAUCACCAUUGACAACAUAAUAAAAAAUCCAUCGUUGCAAAUCCUUGUUGGUGGCAUUGAGAGUGUGACCCUUGGUGACGAGGAAGCAAGGAAAAGAAAAGUGCAAAAGACAAUUCUAGAGAGAAAAGGACCUCCUACUUUUACUUGUGCAGUUGAGAUGAUAUCCAAAACAGAAUGUCGUGUUCAUCACAGAUUAGAUACAACAGUUGAUGCAAUAUUAGCAGGAAAAACUCCUCUUUUUGAAGUACGUAAUGUGGAGACUUAUGCUAAUCCUUCUGUGGGGCCAUCUCAAACUCUUGGAAAGAGUCUUCACGAAAGGUUACAUUCAAAAGAUGAUAACAUCAUUGCUGCUAGUGAUCCUGACAUGGAAGUACGUCAAGUGAAGACUUAUGCUAACCAUUCAAUGGGGCCAUCUCCAAAUCAUGAAAAGAGUCUUCACGAAAGAUCGCGUUCGAAAGACGAUAACAUUAUAGCCGAUGAUGAUGCUGACAUGGAAGAUGAGGGUCACCUUCCUCAUCAGUCUAAGAGUAGACCUGUGAGCAAAAAGAGCUCACCAGUGCGAGUCUAUUCUUACAAGAUUCUUGAAUCUGAUCUACUUCAAGUGGCACAAGUAUUGGGGCUCGAGAAUGAAAUAGACGUAACCGAUGACAUUGAAGCAGCCGAUGCAAUAUUAGCAUCUAGUGAUGAAAUGAAGCAGAACCCAGGGAUCCGAAGUGUUGCAAAAUUUCACCACUUGCCUGUGUUUGUAAUCAAGUCGAACACCAUGGCUCAAAUGGUCAAGGCAAUCCGCAUGAUUAUGAAGAUCGACUCCGGUUCUAUAACGAAGAAACCUCGAAAAACCCCUGACAUUGUAAUUGAAGGUGAUGCACCAAAAAGAAAGCCAUCCCUAGAAGAGAUAGAUGCAUUGGAGGAAGUUAGACUUGCAAUCGAGUAUAUCGUGAUUCCUGGUGGAGAGCCAGUUGAGCUUCUACCUCGACGCUCAGAUAUCGUUGCUCGACAGCUUGAACUCGUAGAAAGUUAUCAGUUAGCAGCCGAAUACUCGAGUUCUGAGCCGAACCCGAGGUUGCAGAUUCUUCCAUUGAGGUUGAAGAGUAAGAAUCUUAAAGAACCAAAAUCUAGUUCAAAAUCAGCAACUGGGGAAGGGACUGGUAUCUAUAGGCUUCCUUUGCUGCCUGAAUGAAAAAUCUAACCAGAUUUCCAAACAUGGUACAGUUUGUUCUAUUGUGAAUUUAUGUACAGGCAUGUAAAUAAUUCAUAUAUGUAUAUCUCAUUAACAUAAUUAUUUAUAUAUCUUAUUCCACCUUGGUUAUACAACAUUGUAAGAAUUCCUUCAAUAAAACACUGAAAUUACU